GCUUCUGUGGUUUCAGAUCUCUGAGCUCACUCCUCAGUGUCUCUCUACAGGAUGGUGGAGUGGGCCGCUCUGUGAGGUGGAGGUGAAGACCCCUGAAUCUGCUCUGGGGACUGGGAGGCCCCCUAAGCCUCAAGGCCCACUGUGGGGCUCAGUGCCAAGAGUCCCCGUGAGCCGUGGCCUCCAAAGGGCAGCGGUGACUUUUUUCACAUAAAUAUAUCGCACUUAAAUGAACUUAGACAGCAUGACAUCAGAGAGUAAUUAAAUUGGUUUGGGUUGGAAUUCCAUUUCCAAUUCCUGAGUUCAGGUUUGUAAAAGAUUUUUCUGAGCACCUGCAGGCCGCAUGUGUGUGUUUGUGUGUGUGUGUGUGUGUGUGUGUGUGUGUGUGCGCGUGUGAAGUAUUUUCACUGGAAAGGAUUCAAAACUAGAGGGAAAAAAAAUUGGAGCACAUAGGCAGCAUUACGCCAUUCUUCCUUCUUGGAAAAAUCUCUCAGCCUUAUACAAGCCUCCUUCAAGUCCUCAGUCAGUUGUGUGGGAGAAAGGGGGCGGUAGGCUUUCUCCUUUCAAGAACGAGUUAUUUUCAGCUGCUGACUGGAGACAGUGCACGUCUGGAUACGGGAGCAUUUCCACUAUGGGACUGGAUACAGACACACGCCAGGCGGACUUCAAGAGUCUCAGACUGAAGAAAAAGCCCUUCCUGCUGCUGCCACUGCUUCUGAAGAUCCACUCCUUUCAUGGUUUUUCCUGCCAAACCAGAGGCACUUUCGCUGUUGCCGCCGUUCUCUCCGGUGUCAUUCAUCGGCUGGCCAGAGGAUGAGACUCCCCAAACUCCUCACUUUCUUGCUUUGGCAUCUGGCUUGGUUGGAUCUGCAACUCAUCUGCACUGUGUUGGGUGCGCCUGACUUGGGCCAGAGAUCCUCGGGGGCCAGGCCAGGACUGGCCAAAGCGGAGGCCAAGGAGAGGCCCCCCGUGGCCCGGAACAUCUUUAGGCCAGGUGGUCACAGCUAUGGUGGGGGGGCCACCAUUGCCAAGGCAAAGGGAGGCAUUGGGCAGACACAGGCCAAGAAAAAUGAACCCAAAAAGCUGCCCUCUAGAUCUGGUGGUCCUGAACCCAAGCCAGGAUCCCCUCCUCAGAUCAGGCAGGCUGCAUCAUGGACUGUAACCCCAAAAGGACAGCUUCCUGGGGGCAAGGUACCCCCCAAAGCAGGAUCUGUCCCAAGCUCCUUUCUGCUGAAGAAGUCCAGGGAGCCUGGGCCCCCUCGAGAGCCCAAGGAGCCUUUCCGCCCGCCCCCCAUCACACCCCACGAGUACAUGCUCUCGCUGUACAGGACGCUGUCCGAUGCUGACAGAAAGGGAAGCAACAGCAGCGUGAAGUUGGAGGCUGGCCUGGCCAACACCAUCACCAGCUUUAUUGACAAAGGGCAAGAUGACCGAGGCCCUGUGGUCAGGAAGCAGAGGUAUGUGUUUGACAUUAGUGCCCUGGAGAAGGAUGGGCUGCUGGGGGCCGAGCUUCGGAUCUUGCGGAAGAAGUCCUCAGACACAGCCAAGCCAGUGGACCCUGGUGGCGGGCGGGCUGCCCAGCUGAAGCUGUCCAGCUGCCCUAGCAGCAGGCAGCCGGCAGCUUUGCUGGAUGUGCGCUCCGUGCCAGGCCUGGACGGGUCUGGCUGGGAGGUGUUCGACAUCUGGAAGCUCUUCCGAAACUUUAAGAAUUCGGCCCAGCUGUGCCUGGAGUUGGAGGCCUGGGAACGUGGCCGGGCUGUGGACCUCCGUGGCCUGGGCUUUGACCGGGCUGCCCGGCAAGUCCAUGAGAAGGCCCUGUUCCUGGUGUUUGGCCGCACCAAGAAACGGGACCUGUUCUUUAAUGAGAUUAAGGCCCGCUCUGGCCAGGACGAUAAGACUGUGUAUGAGUAUCUGUUUAGCCAACGGCGGAAACGACGGGCCCCACUGGCCACUCGCCAGGGGAAGCGACCUAGUAAGAACCUCAAGGCCCGCUGUAGUCGGAAGGCCCUGCAUGUCAACUUCAAGGACAUGGGCUGGGAUGACUGGAUCAUUGCACCUCUUGAAUAUGAGGCCUUCCACUGUGAAGGGCUAUGUGAGUUCCCCUUGCGCUCCCACCUGGAGCCCACAAACCACGCAGUCAUCCAGACCCUGAUGAACUCUAUGGACCCUGAGUCCACACCACCCACCUGCUGUGUGCCCACACGGCUGAGUCCCAUCAGCAUCCUUUUCAUUGACUCUGCCAACAACGUGGUGUAUAAGCAGUACGAGGACAUGGUUGUGGAGUCUUGUGGCUGCAGGUAGCAGCACUGUCCCUCUGUCUUCUGGGGUAGCACAUUUUGAGAGUCCCUCUUCACGCUCUUGGAAUCCCAAUGAGGUUGGGAAGCUGCAGCCAGAAGUAUCUCCACAGCCUGCAUGAAAGGGGAUUCCAGCAGUCCUGCUCACUCUGAAUGUAACUUGGGCUCAAGGUCUCCCUUAAUCCACAAGUCUGUCUGAGGAAUUCUGUUCUUCUCCUGCUCUGACUGGCAGGGGCAACCUCAGGGGACAGACUCUGAAUGAGACUGAGACCCAGAAGACAGUGUUUUCCAAUGAGACUCAGCCUGCCAUCUCCCUUUACGUGAGCCUCCCUGGCCUCUGGACUCUCCAGGGGAUCAGGUGCUAUUCUAACCAUCUCCAGGGAGAGCCACAGGUGCCACUUCCUCUUUGAAUCACCUUUGUGCCUGUGAUUUUCUGCCCUUGGGGCAGAUGAGAUGCUGAUUGGGCAGGGGUGGGAGACAGGGGAGUGGGCUUGGGCAGGGGUAAGAUGUAUGAGGGCGUUAGGCUGUUAGAUUAAAAUGUACAUUGAUAACAUAAAAAGCAAAACUGUUCCUAAAACUGUGGCAGACUGCUUUAUUCCAGGGGACCUAUGACCCCCGAUUCCUAACCCACAGAGGGAAGGUGGGUUGCCUUAUGCAUAAGGUCGGGCCCCACCCCCACUCCUGGGAACAGAAGUAGAACGAGGCAGAGU